CGCCGCAAAAGAACCGUGCCGGGCCGGGAUUUGGCAAUUUCCGAACUCAGCGCGCAACAAAGUUGUGCGACGCUGGUGAUGCGACAUGGAUUCCGACACAGAUGAUGACAGCGACAAAGAAGCUCUGCUGGCCACUGCUACCACGACAGCGACAGCGGCAACCAACGGAACCAACGGCGCCUCUUCCGCGGCCGAGGUGAAAGGCCUGAACCCAGUGACGGUCGUGCGUAGAUGUACCGAUUGCUUUUGGAUUGUCCCUUUUCUCCUGAACUGCGCGAUGUGUGGUGUCAUCACCUGGCAUUCGGAUAUGCAUGCCAAUCUCAGUGCACUGUUUCGACUGCCAGAUUUUAUGGGACACGACUGCGGUGGCCGCUUCCGAAUGGACAAGCCAUAUCUGUAUUUUUGCAUGGAAAAACCGAGCGAGCACAUCUUCAAUGAGAAGAACAAAAGUCUUGAUUUGACACAUCCCAUCUGUGUCAGCAAGUACACAAAGGCUUACAAAAGGCCGCUCUACAGAUGUCUACUCCGGUGGCGAGCUGACGAAACGUUCAAUACGUCGAGCCUUUGCUAUGUGGGUGGAAAUACCAAUUCUUCAGAUGCAUGGGAAUGGGUUCAAGAUUACCCGUCUCAACCCUUAGCAGGCUGCAUUUGCAGGCCGCACAUCCACUUUGCUGUUAACCUGUACAAAGACUACGAUAAAGCUUUGACCACGGCUCCGCCCAACUUGACCGUGUUGCUGUACAUUCGGAACUGGCCCAUCUAUAUGCUCUCAAUUUUUGUCUCGAUUUGUUUCUCUAUCGCCUAUAUCUUGAUGCUCUCAAAGUGUGCUCGAAUUUUGAUUUGGAUUUCUUUCCUCGUGGUGGCUGUUGCUUCCGGACUUAUGUGUAUCUUCUUUUCGUAUCACUUCAACACCGGCUACUUCAAAGACGUUGUUGGGCACCGGGCUGGAGAUCCUAUAGACUUGAUGCGUGGCGUUGGGACAUUCAUCGUCUUUGUCUUCAGUGUUUGUCAAAUGUGUUCCUUGCGCUCAUCACUGGACAGCGCGGGACGAGUUUUAGAGUUGGCAUGCCAAUGCGUCCUGUCGACCCCCAGUUUGGUUUUAAUGCCGUUGAUCCUGGCCCUACAACGUACCUGGCUGUUGUGCUGGUGGCUGAUUGUGAUCGGGAACUACUUUACCAGCGAGCUGCAGAAUGGGGAAACGAGAGUGAAACAUGCUGUCUACGGCACCACGAAGCAAUGGGAAUAUGUCGUCAUCUUUCCGACCAUCAACAAAGUCUAUGCUGUGAUGUUUACCUUCGGUUUGCUCUGGUUCAACGAGGUCAUCACAGCUGCCGCCACCUUUGUGAUGUACUUCACCGGCCAAGUCUGGCAGCUCCUCAACAACAGCAAGAAACAGCAAGUCCGUUGUCGGACGGUGCGGGGCUACUGCAUCAUGAUACGCUAUCACUGUGGCACUGUGGCAUUGGCGGGUUUCCUGCAACUCUUCUUGUAUCCGCUCCAUAUCACCUUGGGUUUCUUCGAGGAUGCAGGAACAGGGCCCGUAGGUUUCAUCCUCGAAAGCUUCUGCUCCUGCGUUCUGGACUUUUAUCGCAACAACAUCGGACCCUUCAAGCGGGACGCCUUGCAAGGGGUGUCUUUGCACUCGAUGUCCUUCUAUGAAUCAGCAAUUCACUACCACAAGCGCCACAAUGCCCUUGAGGAUGUGAGGGUCUUGAACACCCAGGCGAAGAUUUUCCAAAUUGGAGGUUUGUCACUGGCAGGUCUCCUUGGAUACUUGACUGUUGUUUACCGACUUCAGCUGCCACCCUAUGAAAACCCGGAUGAAAUGGAAUAUGUUCAUGAACCUUUCCCCUAUUGCGUCAUUGGGGGCGCCUUCGCUUUUUGGGUUGCCUUGCCCUUCGUCAAGAUCUUCGACGUAGUUUCAGAUGCGGUACUCUAUGCCAUGUGGACCGAAAAGUUGGCGCGACCUCCCCCGGAAGACGUCAUGGAAACUUUCAGGAACUGCGGAUGGACAAGAACAGUGCAGAAGAUGUCCCGCUACACUGGUUGUCAUUGUGGCAUGAACAGAGACGGCCUGCCCAUUCCAAAGGGGGCACCUCCCGGCAAGACUAUAGUCAACCCAGCUUUGCAGCGCCUGGCAUGAUCCAAUUAUAUUGUGAACCAUGG